GUGAACAGAAUCAAGUAAUUGUUGUUGGUUUACAAGUUGUUGGUUUUAUUUUUUUUGUCCCAGAGUUACAUUACUUGAGCUAUUAAAAUAGGCAGAAGCAGCUCACAUUGGCUACUCCAAACUCCAGGUUGCUUUUGAAUAUUACAACUAUGUCUCUGUGACCUGGGUAUCAGCUUUACUUGUUUCUUGUAUGAAACCACAAGCAUCUGUGUGUUCACUACUACAAAAUAUUGCAGUAAAACGAGCUUGAAUGUAAGAAAUGCAAAUCCUAGGUGGAUACUGUGGACCCAGCAUGUUUAGUUUCAUUUGUAAAGAUGUAGUUUUAUGUCCCAACAGUAAAAUAAUCUGACCAAUAUAAAGCUAUGAUCAGAUUAGUAGAAAUGAGUUCCAAAAUUUUUUGACAAGUGGAAAUGACUGUUUGUUUCCAUAAAUGGGUUUCCUGUUUGUAAAGUUAUGUGUCACCCACACCUCAGAUACUAGUUACACAUACCAGUUAAGCCUUCCUCCAUACCGGUCAGGUGAGGUAGAAACAGGUGUGAGCAUGCUCAGACCAGGUUGACUUAAACAAACACUCACUGUUCGCCUCAGAAUCAACUUUCAUUCGAAGACCCGGGAUGGAAGAAAUAACAAUAUGGGACCAGCAGACAAUAACUCUGAACAAAGACCCCAAACUGGGUUUUGGUUUUGCCAUAUCAGGAGGGAGAGACAAACCUAACCCAGAAAAUGGAGAAACUGCUGUGGUGGUGUCUGAUGUUCUGCCAAAUGGACCAGCCAUGGGACGACUGUUUCAUAAGGAUCAAAUUACCAUGGUCAAUGGCAUACCUAUGGACAACGUCCACUCAAACUUUACCAUUCAAACUCUCAAAACAUGCGGAAAGACGGCAAACAUAACUGUGAAACGUUCUCGAAAAAUACAAAUCCCAGCAACCACAAAACCAAAGCGGGCAGUGUCCCAGUCCAACCUGCUGGAUCAAGACUACCCCAGACGAACCCGCCGCUUCUCCGACAGCAGUGAUCCCCGGGAUGCAGAUCGCUACCGUUCCAAACCCCGCAGCACGACACCUGACCGCAAUGGCUAUGGAAACAACUCGCCAACUCUGGUGUCCUCUAGCUACAAGAGGCUUCCAAAAAGCACUGCUUCAGACAAACCUAUCAAAACCACUUUGAUCAAAAAGAAAACCACAGAUGAAUAUGGACUCAAGUUGGGCAGCCAGAUUUUUAUAAAGCACAUGACUGAAACUGGCCUAGCUGCAAGAGAAGGUUCCCUGCAGGAGGGAGACCUCAUUCUCAAGAUCAACGGCAUGACAACAGAGAAUCUAUCUUUGCUGGAGACCAAGCACCUGGUGGAGAAGAGCAGGGGAAAGCUGACCAUGAUGGUCCUCAGAGAUGACCGCAAGUUCCUGGUCAGCAUCCCAGAAAUAGACGACAGCCCCCACAACACGGGGGACGAGCGCCGCAGAUAUAGUAGCUCUGAACUGGAAGAAAUUUCAGACCUUGAUGAAGACUUGAUUCCUCGCAGAACAGCCCGUCAAACUGCUAAAGAGAAGCGGACACGCAGAACCAGAGCUGAGCCAAUUCCUGUGGUGAAGUCUCGUGACUCCUCCCCGAUGCGCUCCACCUUGGGACGGCCUGCAAAAAACUACGCCCCUCGCAGACCUCCUUCUGACUCAGAGUCCGACCGCAGCGCCUCCCCUCUUCCCGUCAAAAGAGAGAGUCCUGAAAUGAGGGAUUCCAGCAAAUAUAAACCUCUGUCGGGAAUGUCCACCCUCCCCAACCCGCGGUCCUCCCCUAUACAUCAAAACUGGUCCUUGCCUAGCUCCUCCAACACCUCCACAUUGCCCCGCAGACCUGUGUCGGAUUCUGACUCGGAUGGCAGUGGCACCCCCCCUCCACGCAGACAGACCCCCCAUGUUGACAGCAGAUACAAAGUCCUUCCUGAUCUUCAUGGCGCCCUGAAAUCCUCUCCCAUCCCUGUUCGCCAGGAGCCACUGAGGAGAGUUAGCUCUCCCCUGAGGAUUCCACGACCAGAGUCUGAUUCUGAGUCCGAUAGCACCUCACCGCCUCUGCAGAGGCAUAGCACCUCCCACAGUCAGGAAUCCCUCAGCAAAUACAGAGCUCUGCCUGAAGUUUCACUGCAGUCUCAGGUGGAGCCGCCGCAAAGGAGCACUCCCGACACUGUACCGCAAGCAGCUUCCUCUGACUCUGAUUCAGAGCCUGACUAUGCACCUGUUCCACGAGUUGAAACCACAAGAAGCAGACAGAGAGCCAGCGGCAGACGCAGAGCUUCUGCAAGGAAGCCUACAGUGAAGGAGGAUGCUCCACGUCGUUUCCCAUCCCCUGCAAGACCAACUCAUGAUGAGUCUUCAGAUUCAGAUCCCCUUUCACACCUCAGGCGGUCUGGCAGCUCUGAGCGGGAGGAGAGUCACCGCAGUACCAAACUUGCUUCUGACGGAAAGCCUUCCCUCCGGUCUGGGAUUUCUGUGAAGAACAACUUACCACUUCAGUCCAAACCUGAAGAGGAGCCUCUUUAUUUCUUACCUCCAGAUUCUUAUCCGUCAUCAAAUCCAGAGUACAGUUCAGAUGUGCAGACGCUGAGGUUUGCAAAGGAGCGAAGUUUGGGGCUGAGACUUGUGGGAGGCAACGAUGUGGGCAUUUUUGUUGGUGGAGUUCAGCCAAACAGCCCAGCAUAUGACCAAGGAAUGAAGGAAGGAGACCAAAUCCUAGAAGUAAACAAAGUAGAUUUUAACCAUUUUACACGAGAAGAAGCUGCCAACUUCCUCCUUCACAUCAAGACAGGAGAGCAGGUUGAAAUCUCUACACAGCGUAAGAUGGACAUUUAUAAGAAGAUCAUGAAGUCCAACUUGGGAGACAACUUCUACAUUCGUACUCACUUUGAUCACGAGUCCAACCAUCCCAUCGGUCUGACGUUCACCAGAGGAGAAGUGUUCAGGGUUAUAGAUACAAUGCACAAAGGGAAGUUGGGAAACUGGCUGGCUAUCCGUAUGGGAAAUGACCUGCACGAGAUGGAUAAAGGAAUCAUUCCCAACCAAGAGAGCGCAGAGAAAAUAGCCAAGACUGAGCGAUUGCAACGACCCAGCGCUGAGAGGCAGGCGUCGGGGCCCAGAGCAGAGUUCUGGAAGCUGCGAGGCCUCAGAGGGCAGAAAAAGAAUGACAAGACCAGGCGUAGCCGUGACGACCUGCUGCAGCUCACCAUUCAGGGCAAUUACCCGGCCUAUGAGAGAGUCCUGCUCAGGGAAGCUAAUUUUAAACGUCCUGUGGUCAUCCUGGGUCCUCUGAAUGACAUUGCAAUGGAGAAGCUGACCAGAGAGAUGCCCGAUGAUUUUGAAGCGGCAGAGAUGGUUCCUCGUGGGGGAACAGAUAGUAGCUCAACAGUAAUUAAGCUAGAUACUGUGAGGAAAAUUGCUGAAAAGGACAAGCAUCCUCUGCUGGACAUCACUCCCACUGCAGUCGAAAGGCUGAACUAUAUCCAGUACCAUCCCAUAGUGGUAUUCUUAGACCCUCGUAGUCGAAAAGAAGUCAAAGCUAUGAGGCAAAGGUACGACCCCUCCUCCAACAAGAGUUCCCGACGUCUGUACUCGCAAGCCCUCAAGUUAAGGAAACAUGCCAGCCAUCUAUUCUCAGCUCGAGUGGACCUGGACCCCGGUUCAAGUAUUUGGUACGAUUCUCUGAAGGAGAAGAUCCGUCACCAGCAGUCCAAACCUGUCUGGGUGUCUGAAAUCACGUUGGAGAGUGGAGGAGAAGCUGAUCUAGACACUUUAGACCAAACCCAGACAGACUAUCUCAGUGCUGCCAGUGACCUGGAGGACACUGAUGGUGAGAUCUACACUGAUGGAGAAGUCUACACCGACAACGAGGACCUAGAGGAGGCCUUUCCUGGCCAGAAUGCACCUUUGCUCUCUCGAGACUCCAGGGGCCCUGGAGCUGCCUUAGCUCGAUCCUCUGAGCCGGCUUUUGGCCACCAUAGCCCGGUAAUGGAUGACGAGCCAAGUGAUGACAGGUUUACACCCAGAGAAAUCCCGCCGCUGAUGCUUGUGCCAGAGCCUAAGUCGCCCUAUCGGGAGCAAUACAGCCCACGCCACAGCGAUGGGGAGGACAAUCUCUCUAAUCGCAGCUUUUCAGACUCAGAUUUUGGUGCUCUCGAUCAGCCAGCCCCAACCACUCCAUCAGAUGGACCCCCAGACUUUGUUGCCCCCGCGCCCUCGUCUCGAUACUCAAUGGAUGAGCCAUCGGAUGAGGAAGUCCAGCAGGAGAACCCCGAACAUGCCAGCCUGUCCACCAUUGAAAGGAAGCUACAGCAGACUCGAAUGGCAGAGCCACAGGCACAGGGAGAGGAUAAGAAACCCUCUGCACUCAUUGUGCUAGCUCAUCAACACCAAGCGGUUCAGUUCAGACGCACACAGAUCCGAGGCAGCGACAGCUCUGAGAAUGAGGAGGGAGUUGAAGCGUUUGACGAGGACGAGACAGAUGACAUUGAAUGGGGUCCUGCAACUGAACUUUAGAAAAAACUGAGGAUUUUAGUGUUAAGAAUUUCCCACCAACAUUUAUGAAAAGUGUGCUCUUUCAAGAAACUUUUUUUUUCUUUGUAGAAUGUGAAUGCCUGGUUGUUAAAAUGAUUGGAAAUGUUCAGAAUGACCACAGUUGAACAAGACAAUCUAAGUGUUUGAUUUAUAUAUUUUCCAUUUGUAGGCAAAACAGAUUCUUGUAAAACCUUCAUUACAUACAAAGUGUGGCCUUAAAACAUUUUCUAUCAAUUAGGAUUUUUCCCAUUUAUUUUUAAAAAUGUUUUUCUACAAUAAAAUGUUCGGAUUAAUAUGUUUUAUGUAGUUUUUAUGCUUUUUGUUCAGUGUGAACUGUCAAUCCCUUUAUAACAUUCAUUAGUAGGAAUUUAAAAUUGUAUGGACAUUAAUAUGGAUUGUCCUUUACCGAUGCUGUACGUUAGGCUUUAAAACUGAAAAAACAGUGACAGUAGAUUAAACACUAAUGAUCUGAGUGAUCAGGGUAAGGAUGAUGAGAAUCCACAACUUCACUCUUUCCAGGACUGUUGGACAUUUUAAUCUCAAUUUACCAGUUUUCAUUAAAAUCCCACACCAACUAUAUGUUGAACUAUUGUAAAA